AUGGCGAAGAAACCAAAGCGUGUUGAGGAGCCUCCCAAGAAGGAGAAGACUAGGAAGUCCGUAAAGCCGGAGGAGCCUGUCGCAGACCCUCUGAAACCUACUAGAGGAAGAGUCAUUGGUGAUAACUUCGGGUGGACUGGAAAGUUACCGGCUACUCUUUUGAACGAAUAUGCCCAGAAGCAGAAGUGGGGCAGAGUGGAGUACGAUAUCUGGAACAACAAGUCAAGCAAGGGUCCCGGUCUCAUGUGUACCGUGAGGCUUAGCUGGGUCAAUCCCCGUACCAACGAGAACAUUGUGGUGAGAAUGACUCCCGAUCUAGGCUUGUACAACCCCAAAGAAACCUCCAACGAGGCCCGGCAUUUUGGAGCGACCUAUGCUAUGUUCAGGAUCAAUUUCAUCAAGAACAUGAAGAUGGUCUUGCCCUCGGUGUUUGCAGACUAUUGGGGGGAUCUUGAGAAGGAAAGACAGCUGGUUUUGAAGGAGAACAAGCAAAAGCACGACAGGAUCUACAAUGCCAAUCCUUUCGGGGUGGUACUCGAGGAAAGAGAAAGAACCGAGAAAUUGGCCAAGGAAAAGCUAGUCCAGCAGCAAAAUGAAAUGAAAAUCAAGAAGCCUACCAUCAGUAUCUCGACCAAAAAAGCGCCAUCAGCAACCCCAGCAAGAACAGCUCCUCCUGUACAUCUCGACAAGCUUCCCUCGUUCCCUCGUAAAGUUUGGGAUAAUGCUCCCUUUAUAGACUUCCCAUCAGACAUCAGAACGUCCAUCGAGCAUUCCAUCAGAAAGCACAUAGACUGGAUUUUACAAGAUGAGAUGAGGAACCCAUUGGAGACCUCGGCUGAUUCCAAGCAGUUUAUGGAAACUCUCACUCAAUUAGAGUUCAGAGAGUCUCACAUAAGAGAGGCAUUCAAGUAUACUUCGACAUUCACCGAUGCACUUGAAUGGUUAUUGUUUCACUUGCCCGAGGAUGACUUGCCCCGUCGUUUUGCCAAGACAGACAGAGACUCGGGAGUGUUGCUCAAAAUCUCCAAGAACAUCCAACAGGAGUAUCUCUUGAAACGACUUAGACAAUCAGGAGUAGACGAGGAUGAGAUUUUGAGCACGUUGGAGGAAUGUGCCAACGAUGAAGUCAAGACUUGUGUCAAGUUGACCAGAGACUUGUUGGGAGACGAAAAUGAGAUUACUGACAACGAAGACCCAGAUUCACAUGAACUUUGGGUGCAAGAAAUAGAAGGGAUCGAGCUCCUUGGUUCCAACAAAGUACAAUUUGUCGAGGGAUACGACCAGAAGGUUGCAGAUAUUUCCUUGAAUGCAGAAAAACUACCCAAAGGAACCUUCAGCUUGAGAGUUUUCAAAAGUCCCCAAUACCCAAACGAUAUGCCGGGCCUCCAGAUCAUCAUUAAUACUGUGAACCAGAAGCUAGCCGACUACAUCAAGCUUUCCAUAAUCAAGCAGGUCGGAGAGUACCUAGUCAAAAACAUGUUUGUUGGCGAUUGCUUUAUUUAUUGCAUAAUAGAAUGGUUGGAGCAAAAUAUUCAUAAAGUCAUAGAUAAUCCGGGUCCAUUGAUCGGUGAAGAAUUAGUCACUAAAGAAAUCUUGAGCAAAGUCGCUGGAUCAAAAAGGGCUGGUAAGCAAGCGAAGUCAGGGACAAAGGUGCAUAAGCUUUUACCAAAAGAUAUAGAAGAACUCAAAAAAUCAUACACUUCAAGAUUGGCCACUUCCAAGAUGAAGCAGUCAUUAUCACAAAGAAGCAAGUUGCCUGCAUGGUCGAAGAAGGACCAGUUGGUUUCUGUGAUCAAUUCCAACCAGGUUACACUUGUGACUGGUGAAACAGGUUCAGGUAAGUCCACACAAAUUGUGCAGUUCAUCCUCGACGAGUUGAAUGCCAGCGGAAACUUUGAGUCUAGAAUUAUCUGUACGCAGCCAAGACGUAUUUCCACCAUCGGGUUGGCCGAAAGAAUCUCAGAUGAGAGAAUUGAUCAAGUUGGUAAAGAAACUGGUUAUAUCAUCAGAGGUGAGAACCGUACGUCUAAGGUGACCAGGCUUUCGUUCGUUACCACCGGUGUAUUGUUGAGGAUGUUACAGUCCUUCUUAUCAUCGGGUUCCAAAGAUGCUUCACUCUUUGAGAAUUUGGAAUACAUUUUCAUCGAUGAAGUCCACGAAAGAUCUAUUGAUAGUGAUUUCUUGUUGAUCAUCUUGAAAAAUAUUUUAGAUAAGUUUCCAAAUUUGAAGGUCAUUUUAAUGUCGGCAACGAUUGAUAUUAGUACCUUCAAAAAUUUCUUCAAGACACCUUUGAACCACAUUCACAUCGAGGGUAGAACGUUUCCAAUUGAAGACCAUUAUCUAGAUUCUAUUCUUGAGGACUUGGAUUACACUGUCCAGACUUCAGAUGGUGAACUUAUUAGGCCAAAGGCAACCUCAGCCUAUUUCCAGAAGGGUAACUUGAAUUACGACUUAGUUGCCAGGUUGUGUUUGAAAAUAGAUUCGUCACUUUCCCUGUCUGGCGAUAAGGGAUCAAUUCUUAUUUUUCUUCCUGGUAUCAUGGAGAUCAAUAGAUGCAUCCGGGAGAUUGAGAAUCUCUUCCGAAAACAGAGCCAGGAAGCUUGGUGUCUUCCCUUGCAUUCGGCAUUGUCGUCGGGUGAUCAAAAGAAGGUAUUUCAAAGCCCCAAGAACGGUGCUCGGAAAAUCGUUGUAUCUACCAAUAUUGCGGAAACCUCGAUCACUAUCCCAGAUUGUGUUGUGGUCAUAGACUCUGGUAGAUCCAAAACUAUCUUCUUCGAUAAUAAGAUCAACACUACAAAGUUGGUGGAAAACUGGUGCUCCAAGGCAGAAAUCGGGCAAAGGAGAGGUAGAUCUGGUCGUAUCACCAAUGGUACCUGCUACCACUUGUACACCAAAGACAGCCAGGACCUGAUGUUGGCACAACCCAUUCCAGAAAUCAAGAGAACUAGACUUGAAAACUUGUACUUGAUUGUUAAAUCGAUGGGUAUUAGCAACGUGGAAAACUUUUUGAAUCAGGGCUUAGAUGCUCCUGACCUGUCGUCUCUUGGCAAGUCCAAGAAGUUCCUUAGUGAUAUCGGGGCCUUGGACCACGAGCAGUUGACUCAUCUUGGUAAAUACUUGUCGUUUUUGCCCACCGAUCUUCAGAGUGGAAAGCUAUUGAUUUUUGGAUGCAUUUUUGGUUGUUUGGACACCUGUCUUACGUUGGCAGCCAUCAGUUCGACUGGUUCGCCUAUCAUGAACAAUUUCGAAAUGAGGGACCGGAUCAAGCAGAUUAAGAGUAAAUUUUCAGCAGGCAAUGGUGAUUUGAUAGCCAUGGUUAACGCAUUCAACGAAUAUGAACAGUCAGGAAACUCAAAGAAGUUUUUGCAGGAAAACUGCUUGUCGUACUUGACCAUCAAGGAAAUCAAGUCCACACGGAUGCAGUACAUAUCCAUCCUCCAGGACCUUGGUUUUGUGCCCACCGGAUACAAGAACGACCCUGCCCUCAACAGAAACAACACCAACUACGUGAUCAUCCGCUCGAUUAUCACCGGGGCCUACUAUCCCCAGAUUGCACAGGUGCAGUUUCCGGACCCCAAGUUCUUUAAGUCGUUGGCUGGUGCUGUUGCUGUGGAUCCGGAUGCAAAAAAAAAUAAGUAUUGGUUGCGAAAUGACAGCUACAAGGUGGGAGACCAGGACCAGUAUCCUGCCACCCGUGCAUUCAUGCACCCAUCAUCUGUCAACUUCUCCAGCAAGGAGGUCGAUGCCUCCUUCAGCCAGGACAUUCUUGAUAGGGUAACUGACGAAAAUGGCGAAAUCGACUAUGAAGCUGCUCGCAAGUUGUACGACCUCACCCCCCAGACCAAGAAGACCGAUCUUGCAGCCAAGGCUCCCUUCAUGGUGUACCGAGACUCCAACCAUACUGAUAAGUUUUACCUCCGGGAGGUGACUCCUACCUCUACGCUUGCCACCUUGCUCUUCGGAGGCGACAUUGAGUAUGACUUGGUUGCAACCAAAUCGUGCCCUGGCGUGGUGGUGGACCGGUGGUUGCCUGUGAGGACCUGGUGCAAGAAUGCCGUGCUUAUCAAGCGGUUGCGGAAGCUUCUAGACGGGUUCAUUGACGAGAAGUUGUCGCAGCCCCAUUUGGAGGCCAACCAGGACGUGUUGCGGAUUGUGGAGCGGGCAUUGAACGUAUAG